UAUUCUGAAGUCGGCUCAUUCCAGUCCAAUCACUUGUCUUGUACACAGCUCGUACGGUUUCACCAGUACAUAAACCAAAAGCUCCAAAAAAUUCCGUGUUCAAAAAAAAUUCAAAAUCUUGUCUGAAACUUACUAUCCUUUAAGAUGUGCUGCCAAGGAGCCUGUGGAUCGGUGUCUUAUGCCCUGGCAUACGGACCCGUUGGACCCGCCCUGCCAGCCAUGAACUACAACAACUGCUGCUGCGGCCCCAAUCCGCCCUGUGGUCCCUGGACUUGUCCGCCCAACAGGUGUUGUUGCGCCGGUGAAUGGGGCUGCUUCGGGCCCUUCUACUGAGCGUCCCUUAAAAUAGAACAGAGUCUAGGAAAACCGACCGAAUAGGAAGUGAUGUGGAAUUUUUUUGUGCUUUUGGUUAAAAAAUGAAGACAAGUAAAACAAUAAAAUUAAUAAUACUGGAUUAAAAGUA